UGCUCUGAACGCCACUUUCUGAUGCGUGGACGGCUCGCUAGUGCCAGGUGGAUGAAUGGGCGCUGGUCAUGGUUGAGGCUACCUUGCCGGGUGGGCGGGCAUGCGGGCGAGCAAAUGAGGAUUUCCCACCCGUAUAAUCACGACCCCCGUUGCGGUGUCGGAAAGAUGAUGGCGUCUGGUUAUUUCGUAUAAGUAUAACAGCCUGGCUUGGUCCACAUCGUUUGCUGUUAGACAUGAUCCAAGACAACCCGAUCUUAGACGCCCUCACAUACAGAGCCUCUCAACGUUCAAAUCUCAAACGUCAACAUGGUCAACCUAAUUUCAGCAACCCUCCCGGUUGCUUUUGCAGCCCUUGCUGCGGCCCGAGUGUGUCAAAAUCUCACAGUCGAAGUCUCAAUCACAUCACGGAACGGGGUCUUCAAUGUCUCAACACCAAAGACAAACCUUGAUGUCACGAAUAUCAUGCUAGGUCUAGCACAGCAGAGCAACAACUUUUCCGCAACCCAUCUCACAGAUUACGCCACCGUCGGAGGCACAUACCACCUCGCCUCAACCUACUGCCAACCAGACUCGGGCCCAGGCGCCGUCCUCCAGAUUCUCACCCACGGCAUCGGCUUCGACAGGAGCUACUGGGAUUUCCCCGCCAAUAACUACAACUACAGCUACGUCGGCCCCGCCGUCGACGACUACGGCUACUCCACCUUCGCCUGGGACCGCCUCGGCAUCGCCCAGUCCUCCCGUGGCGAACCUGUCAACGAGAUCCAGGGCUUCCUCGAGCUCGCCGCCCUCAAAGCCCUCACCGACAAGCUCCGCGCCGGCGCUGUCCCGGGCGUGCCCUGCACUUUUUCAAAAUACGUCCACGUAGGCCACUCGUUCGGCUCCGUGCACUCGUACGCGCUGUCCGCCAUGUACCCAGACGCCUCGGACGGUCUCGUGUUGACGGGAUUCUCCGCCAACGCCACAUUCCUCCCGGAUUUCUUGCUGGGCGGCGCGUUUAUUCAGGCGAACCAGGUCCCCGCGCUGGCGGACUACGUUGAUGGGUAUUUGGCGCCUGCGUACGAGGGCGGUGCGCAUAUCAACUUCUUCGCGCCGGAUAACUUUGAUCCUGCCAUCUUGACGGCGGCGUAUAAGACGGGCAAGCCGGUGACUGUGGGCGAGCUGCUUACGAUUGGUGGCGAGGCGGGCACGACGAGCGGGUUCAUGAAGCCUGUGCUCGUUAUUACGGGUGAACGCGACGUUCCCUUCUGCGGUGGUGAUUGCCUUGCAACCGGCAACCCCAAGCUGCCCUCGAUCCCGGCUGGCGUUGCGCCGCUGAUCAACAACGCAAGCACUUUCGAGGCUUACGUUGUUCCUGACGCUGGACAUGGUUUGGCAUUCAGCUACUCUCACGUCGAGGUUACGAGCAAGAUCCAAGACUUCCUUGCACAGAACGGCCUUGCCAACUGAACCCAUCAUUGAGCCCGUGGUAUAUAGGAAACACUUUAUGGUCCGUGAUGGUGCGGCAGUUGAAGCUUCUAUCCACUUUGAUGCAAAAGUCUGCUAGCGUAUCAGUUCACUCUCUUUUUCACGAUAUCAAGACAAUUAAAGUACAUAAUCAUUACAAAAGACACAAAAUUGUCCAAUGCAUAUAUGUCAUUGAGUGUUCAUGACAUUGAUACUCAGUCAUUCAAUUGCAAACAAUGAGCUCCAGAACCGUGAUUGAGACGUGGAAAUUGGGUCGUCGCAAAGUCAUCUUACAUCCAACGGCAAAAUACCUCAGUGAUGAAUUAU